AUGUCUCAGUGCCCGCACACGUCCUUGAUGCGGAAGGCAGACCUCCUGCAGGAGAUAUGCCAGUGGGACGAGGACGGCAAGCACAUGACGGUAGAGAUGCUUCGAGCCCGCAUCCGGCAGAUCUAUCAGGCCAUGGACAUGAACGGCAAACCACCGCCGAGGCACAAGAAGAAGGACGAGCUGAUGGCCACGGCUCGGGACCUCGGAUAUGCUCUGAGCGGGCAGGAGACGAGGGGCGACCUGCAGAUCAUGAUCGUCGAGAAGUUCGAGUCGCGACCGAAGCUCGGAGCGGCGACCGAUGUGGUUCCUUUCGGGCGCCAUCGAGGACUCACCUUCCAGGAGCUUCUCGUGAAGGAGAAGGAGUAUGCGGGAUGGUCGGUGAGCCUCAAGGACAGGCGUUUUCACAAGCUCACGAACUGGCUGACCUCACAAGGGGUCAAGGAGGAGGACAUGAUGAAUGUCGGCAGGUUCGAGCUACCGGUGCCAGAGGUCAAAGGCGAGAAGUACGAGAAGCAGGAAGGACCGUGGCUGGUGAUCAGGGAGGAGAACAAGUCGACGAUGCGGACGCGUCCGACGACGAAGCGACUGAGCGCGGAGGAGCCGGUGAAGAUGGAGGACGUCAAGGCGAAGGAGGACCAGAUCAUCGACCUCUUUGGGGACAUGAAGAACCAGAUGCACGCGCUGACGUCGAGGGUUCAGAAGGUCGAAGAGGCCUCAUCCUCGACUCCAGGGCCGCUGAAGAAUAUCACGGACUCUCAGGCUACCUGGCUGGCGGGGUGCCUGGAUAAGAGUGUGAUGCCAGCCAGGACGUUUCUGACGGACACUGUGUUCAGGGAGUGUGAUAUGCAGCCGGCUAUCUGUGACGGCUGUAUGGUUGGUGUCAAGGCGAGAGAUACCGGUCUGGCUAUUCAGAAGCCGUGGGAGACAUGGACCACAUCCGACAGGCUACGACAGCGGAUGGCUAUCAGAUGUGACGGGAAGCAUGAUCAUUCCCCGUGCGUGGGCGGCCAUCGUACCGCUGCGACGGCAUGCUACCCCGACGAGUUUGUCAGAAGGGCAGUUCGAGCCAUGCUGGUGAAGCCGAAUCUGAAGGAGAUAAACGGGUAUGUCGAGUCAGAGCAGGCUGAGCUGGACUUCGAGAUGAGUUUCGGUUUGGCCAAGUCGGAGCAGGACAUUGACAGAGAGACAAUGAACAAAAUCGAGAUUGCGGCAAGGCGGAUCCACUCAGCUUGUGGUCACUGCCCAUUUUCUCAGGUGGCGAAGUCACUGGCGGCGAAGGGAGCCGACAAGCGCAUUGUCGACCACGUCAAGAGCAUGCGGUGUGCUGCCUGCGACGAGAGCCAGAAAAAUGGACCACCCCGGCCAGUGGGAUCGGCUGACGAAGUUCGAAAGAAGUGGGCCGUCCUGCAGAGCGACCUCGCUGAGUGGGAGUGCCCGGUGACUCACGAGAAGUUCAAGCUGGUCCUAUACCUGGAUAUGGGCAGUCGACUUGGCGUGGGACACAUGUUGUUCAAGAUGGAGAAGAGCCGAAAUGCGACAGCAGAAGAUCUGAAGAACUCAGUCUGGAUCUGGAGUCGGUGGAUUUCUUAUUUUGGCCGGCCGAGAGUAUUUCAGGUCGACCCCGAGGGAGCCUGGAUGAGCAAUGUCAUCAGAGAAAAUCUGGAAAGCAGCGGGAUACAGAUGGAUCCUAUUCCGGGUCAGGCUCAUUGGCAGAUCGGCGGCAUCGAGAGACUCAUCGGGAUGAUCAAGGAUACCAUGAUGACUCUGGCGAAGGAACAUCCGGGACGGACCUGCGAGGAAUAUCUGGCGAGGUCCAUGGCAGCGUACAAUGAGUUCGACCGCCAUCGGGGCUUCUCCCCGCUCCAGGUUGCUCUAGGGCGAGCUCCUGAUCUAGACGGGUCGUUCAUUGAGGUGCCAGGAGAUCCAGUCAAUCUUCCGGCUCUAGAGUCGGAGGCGGUCGACGCCGAGUUCGGGAACAAUUUCGAGUUCAUGCGGAAAGCUCAGGAGGCGUUGCUGAAGUGGAUCUACGGUGAGCGGGCUCGCAGAGCGGUUAACGCCAGGUCACGGAAGCUGAAGGUAUAUACUCCUGGGACGCUGGGCUACUACUUUCGUCAUCCGAAGAGCAGCUCCAUGACGGGCAGGUUUUACGGACCAGCACGAGUGCUCGCGACGGAGACUGUUCAUCGCAAUGGUAGUGUGCAACCCCGACCUAGAGUGUGGCUCAACGCCUGCGGGCGACUGAUACGCUGUGAUCCAUGUCAGCUCAGGGACGCUUCGGAUCGGGAAAUUGCAGAGCAUGAGAUUAUCCACGGCACGGAGUUACCCUGGACAUUCAGUAACAUGACGGGCAGUCUGAAGACGGGUCAGUACGAAGAUCUCGCAGACGAUCCGAAGCUGGUCCCGAGCGACAAGGACUAUGUAGAAUCGAAGAAGCUGAAGUUAUACCCCGACUACGUCUGCGUGGAAAGCGAAGUCCAGAGCAACACGGGGAGCGCGCAUUUCGACGGGAACUCCAGCAAGCUCGACAGCCCCGACGAUGGAGAGAACGUUCCCAGCAACACCGGCACGCCCACCAAACAAUUCCAGGACGCCUUCCACGAGAGCAUCACCUACGGGAAGGAAAAGACGGACAGACAGAAGCGACAUGACAGCAAGGAGCAGGAGGCGUUGGGCACAGAGGAGACCGACCAGGAGUGUUUCUGGAACCAGGCGGACAGUGCCAUCGAGAUCGAGAUCAGCAUGCCGAGUGGCGCCAAAGGAGGAUACGCGGCUCGAGAUCUUGGAGCUUUCGUGGCGACGCAGCUCCGACGUCAGCGAGCUGAAAAGGCGAAGAGCAAAGAAGCCCAGGAGUGGAUCAAGGAGAUGGUGCUCGAGGCUCUUCCGCCACACGUGAAGGCACCGAUGGACAGGUUGAUGCGACUGCGCUGGGUGCUGACGUGGAAGAUCGACCCGACGGAGCCCGGAGGACGCAAGGCCAAAGCCAGGUUGGUCAUCUUGGGAUUCCAGGACCCCGAUCUGACAACGGAGGAGUCGUAUGCACCGACCGCCACGAGGACGGCCAGACAAGUUUUCCUCCAGAAGGCGGCCCACUUGAGGAUGCGAGUGGCCAAGGGCGACGGUGAGGAGCUGGACAGGGACCUCUUUGUGAAGCCGACCGGGGACAUUGCAGAGUACUUGGGUCUGCGUCCUGGGCAGGUGGCUAUUCUGAAGAAGUCUGCGUACGGUUUGGUUCAGGCUCCCCGGGCAUGGCACAAGGCGGUGAAUAAGACGCUGCAGGAGCUGGGCUGGACACAACUGGAGGCAGACCCGUGUUGGGAGUACGGUUCUUUCACGCAGUGUGGUGUGGACAUCACCCAACGGCCAGAUUUCAGUUUCAGUCUCAGCCAGAAAACGUAUUUGGAACAGAUCGAGGAGAUCGAGGUUCUCCCAGACCGUCGUGGUCAGGUGUCGUCUCCGGUCACCACGGCUGAGAAGAGUCAGUUCAGGGCAGCCACUGGGAGCCUACAGUGGGAAGGGACUCAGACGGGUCCGGAUAUCCUGGCGGAGUUGAGUUUACUGCAGAGCAAAACAGAAUCGUGCACAGUAGAGGACCUGUUGAAGGUCAACAAACUUAUCAAGAGGGCCAAGGAGGCCCGAGAUCGGACCCUGGAGAUUUUCGCGUUCGAGGAGUCCCAAGAGCUGGCGGUCGUCGGAUGGGGUGAUGCCGCGUUUGCGAACAGGAUAGACGGGAAGUCCACCGAAGGUAGGAUUAUAGGAGUUGUUCCGGCGUCGUUUUUGGAUGGCCAGGAGACAGGUGUUUCGUUGAUGAGUUGGAGAUCAGGCAGGGUUGAACGGACGCGCAGGUCUCCUCUGGCAGCAGAAGUUUCAGCGACGGUGAACACUGAGGACGAGGUGACCUACGUGAGGUUCCUGCUUUCUGAGUUGUCCGGCUGGAAGCCAGACCUUCGAAAUCCCUGGGCCCAAGUUCGACGCGUUCCUGGAGUUUUGAUCACGGACUCAAAGAAUUUGUACGACAGACUUCGGUGCCCAGAGAAACUCAUGGGCGGUAAAGAGUUCAGAACAGGUUUGGAGCUUUUAGCUUCGAGGAACGGUAUUGAAGCGUGUGAGUGUCCUGUUAGGUGA